AUGAUAUUCUUAAUACCACUGUGCCUUGUUGCACUUGUCGCGGCUGACGAUCGAUCAUGGACCACAGAAGAAGGAGUCCAGAUUGAAAUUAUUAAGAAAAUUGGAGACAGCAAGUGCAAGCUGAAAUCCGAGUAUGGCGACACGCUCGAGCAGUUUUUUAAGCUGACCGACAAGGCCGGGAAGGUGGUUGGCAGCAAUUUUGGGAAGAAGCCUUUUGAAUUCACGCUGGGUCGUGGUGAAGUGAUCCCGGGAAUGGAAGUAGCUAUGGAAGGGAUGUGUGUGGGAGAGCAGAGAAAGGUUGUCAUCCCGCCUGAACAGGCUUUUGGCGAUGAAGGACGCACCUCUGACGGUAUCAAGAGUGGAGAUUCCCUAUACUAUUUCGUCGAACUAAAGUCCAUCUUCCGCCCGAACCCUGGUGAUGCGUGGUAUGAUGAAGACAAUAUGAGGAUCGAGGUGACACAUCAAAUCCCAGAUGACGAAUGCCGAAAGUCCGAAGUGGGAGAUACGAUCCACCAACACUACGUAUUGCACCUUGAAGACGGCACAUUUGUCGAUUCGUCAAAGUCGCGAAAUAAGCCCUUUAUCUUUACCCUCGGAAAAAACAUGGUGAUCAAAGGAAUGGAAAAAGCUAUGACUGGAAUGUGCGAGGGUGAACGCCGAAAGUUGAUCAUCCCACCAGAGCUCGGUUACGGUACUGCCGGACGACCACCAGCCAUCCCUGGUGAUGCUCCCCUUCACUUCGAAAUCGUCCUCGAAAAACUGAUCAAAGCCAAGAAAGAGCUU